AUGGCGAAACUCAAGGCACAUGAAGAACUCUCCACUAAUGCGAAUACUAUCAAAGCUCGCAACUGCGUCUCCAACCUUACUGAAGAUGAGAAGGCUGUUCACUUAGCACUCAAGGCUGACCAUGCUGAUCUGAGCUACUACUUAAAGAAGUUAUAUAAGUCUGCAAAGUACAAGACACAUCUACAGAAUGAAUUGAAGGUUGAGCGUAUUUGUGUUCGGACUGAGAAUGGUACCCAUGCAUCUUGCAUUGCGAAUCAGAAAGUCAAGAAUAUUAGCGCCUCUUCUUCUCCACAAGCCCCACCAUCUACUCCGCCCAAACAACUUCUGUCUGAGCUUGCUGCAUUUGAGGGUAUCUCAACGCGAGAUAUUUUAAAUGACGAGGCUGUUCUACCAGAUGAGCUUUCCGAUGAAGAGAUCACUAGCACCCAGGCUCUCUUAACUCAAGCGCACAUUGAUGCCCAUGAAGAGUCCAAUUUCCGCAAGUGGCAACAUUUCUGGGAUAGCUGUAUCCACUCAUAUACGAGAAAGGCUGGAAAGCUGAGAAAGAAGCCUGAGCGUCUCUUUGAGUAUAUGCCGUGGAUUGAUGUAGAGGAAGGCUUCAAAGAGGCGUUCUUACUUGUCUACUCUAAGAAGUUUGAUAAGGAAAAGUGGGCUAAGGUAUCAGCUGCACAGGAUAUGUUGUUCCUGGAGCUAGAGUAG